AUGGUGCCUGUUGGUAUUAUUGCCGGGCUGUUAAAUUGGAAUCCAAGCGCCGUUUUUUUUAUCAACUUCUUCGCUAUUAUUCCUCUCUCCGCCGUCAUGUCGUUUGCGACCGAAGAAAUCUCAAAGACAAAAGGCGAUACCAUCGGGGGGUUACUUAACGCUACCUGCGGCAACGCCCCCGAACUGAUCAUCGGCAUUGUCUCCUUGAUAAAUGGCCAGGUCGAUCUUGUAACUUGUUCCAUGGUCGGCUCAAUCAUCUCCAACAAUCUCCUUGUAACGGGCAUGUCCUUCUUCUUUGGUGGCAUUUUCAACAUGCGGGAUAGGGCCACGGGUAGGGGGAUUGAGCAGAGUUUCACCCAGGCUGCCGCCCAAACCACUUGCACUUUGUUGGCACUCUCAGCACUAAUGUUCAAUUUACCUACCAUGCUCCGCUGGGCACUUGUUGAUAUUGAGCCUGCGAAGAGGGAGCUGGCCCUAUUACAGUUGUCUCGGGUCAUCGCUAUAUGUCUCCUAAUAAUCUACGUUGCGUUUAUACUUUUCCAGCUCCGCACCCAUCCCAAUCUCUUCGAAUCGGAAACUCCGCAGGCUGACAAAGAUGAGCCGGCCAAAUUGGGCCCUGUUGCUGCCGGCGCCAUCCUCUCCAUUACCGCCAUUUUGGUCACCGUUUGCGCCGAGUAUAUCAUCAAAGACAUUGACAAUCUUGGUGAGAGCGCUCGCCUCAACAAGCCAUUUGUCGGUCUGAUUCUCCUUCCAAUUGUUGGGAAUGCAGCAGAGCACGGCACAGCAGUAGUUAUGGCGAUCAAAAACAAGAUGGGACUUGCCAUGGACACCGCUACCGGAUCCAGCAUCCAAAUUGGAUUGUGCGUCAUGCCCUUGCUGGUGCUCCUCGCGCCUGUCCUUAGCCAGCCCAUGACACUUGACCUCAAUGCCCCAAUAGCGAUCGUAUAUGGAUUAUCUACCCUCCUGAUUACGUACACUAUACAGGACGGGAAAUCAAACUAUCUGGAAGGCCUCGUGUUGCUCCUUCUCUACGUUAUUAUUGCUUACCUCUUCUAUUGGAUACCUAGUGGCGCUCUGGGUCCUGUGAGAGGAUAG